AAUAUGGUUAAUGGUAAAAAAGUGUUAAAAUACUCCAUUCUUGGAAUGUAUGUCAGUGCUGUCAUGAGUAUCGAUCAAAAACUGUUCACAUGAAUGUAUUUGGUACUAGUAUUACAUUAAAUUUUCUGCGCGCUUUAAACAAGAUGCAUUUGCACACUGGCUAAGUAAUUAAAGUACUGUACGUGUGCGUGCUUGUGUGUGUGUGUAUAUGUGUAUGAUGAGUAAGCAACCCGUGUAACCUGCAUUAUUGCUGUGAUACUGACCGCUGCCUCGGGAGAGGUAUUUUGUGCAUAGAGCUGAUUCAUACUCCUGAUUGUUCCAGCAUUUGAGUAUGUAAAUUGCUGUUGUUGAUGAUUUGAUGUGAUUGCUGCUAGAUUACGAAUUUCAUCUUGCUUAGACGUAUAAGUCUGCUUUGCUGUAAGCAUCAUUGUCUUGUAGACAUUACAUUUGUUAGCUUUUGUACGCGGCACUUGAAGACCUAUUCACUCGUUCCACUUGUUUGCUGUAUGUGUAAUUGUUUGUUGUCAUGAGGUCUGACGGCAACUGCAUCUUAGUUGGGCACAUUUUGGAAAUUCUCUCUUAGCCCAGGUUUAGGUGCACAAUUAAGAACUCCAGACGGCCGAAACUAAUUUAGAGUGCCCUGAUAUGGCAUAUUCUACGGGCAAGUGCUCACUUGAUUAUUCAGAUUGCCUUUUCCGAAACUCCAGCUGUAAUUUGGCAAAAGUGGGAGAUGCCCCUCCUCCACCACUUUGUAAAAUGAGUGAAUGCAUUGAACAGCUCUUAGUGUUCAGUGAUUUUGAAGGUUCACAAAACGGUGCCAGAGUUACGACAGGACAAUAGCUAUAGUGCAAGGCGGAGUUGAAGGACGUAGUAAGACACGGGAAUGAGUGGUGUGUUACCGUGUCAUUCAUCCCCAAGUUGUGCUGUAGCUAUUGUCAUGACCUCCCAACUAACCCAAGCUGCCACGUUUCUAAGUUGCGGUAGACUUCUAAUUUCUUCUGCUUUGUUGUUUCAGAACGAGUUGCUUCGAUCUGUCCAUGAGGCCAGCCACUUUGCUUGCAUCGGAAGCCAACAGCCACAUCAGCGACUUCGAAACGUGGGGUGCCAGUGUGAGCCAAGUCACAGACGACAUUGGAUUCCCAGAAUGCGACGGAGCGAGCAUCUUGAAGUGUAGCCACUGUGACUUCACAAGCCAUGAUGCAACUGAGCUGGUCACGCACCAGCAACACGCCCACGCAGUUGCCGAUCCGGGGGUGCGCUACCAGUGCCACUUGUGCGAGUCCUCGUUUGUGUACCACAGACGCCUGCUGCGCCACUUGCAGAUGCACGCCAACUCGAACGCCGUUCGCUGCACCUACUGCUCCAAGAAGUUCUCGAGCAGGAAACACCUUUCGCGCCACGUCCACACGAUGCACUUGAGCGUCCAGGUCCACCCCUGCCACCUGUGCCCGAGCAAGUUCUCGCGCAAGGACAACCUCGUCGCUCACAUGCGCAAGAACCAUCCCACGUUGCCAAGCGACGACGCAGUGUCUUGAGUAAAGGGCAUGAGACACGUGGCAGACAACAAAGAAGAUGUCAUGGUGCGAGAUUUGAAGGGAAAAGUGCUUGAUGGUGUGCAGCGAUCGUGUUGCUAUGCAAUGUUACACAAGGGUGUGCACCGUAGUGGAAAGAUACUCUCAGCGCAGCAUGGCCAUAUUUCAUGAAAGUGCACCAGUUCAGCCCGGUGAACAGUACGAGUGAUGGGACAAGAGGUAAGGUAACAACGAGGACAUACCCUAUUUUUCCGCGUAUAACCCACACGCAAAGUGCAGAAAAUUCAUAGUUAAAGUCAGGGUGCAGGUUGUAUGAGAAUAUCUGCUUGCAAGGUGGCUUCACUGCUGUGCAAGCAAGGAAGAUGGCUGCAACAGCAACGGCUGAAACUGACAGUAGACGAUGAUGGGGCUGUGACACCGGUGACUGAAAUCGAGUGAAAAUGAAGUUUUAGCAAUCUUCCAGCACUACUGGUAGUGAAGAUGUAAGACUUGUUUGCUUGGUUGAAAUGUUUGGAGAAUACAAGAUCUUUUAAAAAAUUUUUUGCGGGUUGGAGUUGAGAGUUAUAUGCAGGGGCAGGUUAACACGUGAGAAAAUAUGGUAUGUGCUCUUGUCAUAUCUCUCGCGUCCUGCUGUCUGCACUGUUCGUCGUGUUGAACAAAAUGCAUUUUGGCCCAGCUUCGAACUCUUGUAUCGAUGACAUUGUCAUUGGGGGUGAUAAGACGGCACAGUUCCUAAAGGAAUCAAAUAUACUAAAAUGUUAGGAAUGUGCUUGUAAGCUCAGUUACUGGAACGGACCUGGUGAUGUGUUGUAAAGAAAUAAUACUUUGUGUAAACUGGAAUAAUAAAUCUGCCAUUUUUCCUAAAAACAAAACAUCUGUGGGGAAAGAAUAACCUUUGACAACAGCUGCAUAGACAUUUUGAAACUCCCUGGAACAAAACAAAAACUGGACUUUGUUUUUUCAGAGUUCUCUAGCUGUGGUCAAAACUGACAUACGAGCACAAUCGUGGUAUUUUACUAUGCUCCAUCAGUGAUAUCACCCGGCGUGAUGGUCUAGUGGUUACGGUGCUCGACCGCUGACCCGAAGGUCUCAGGAUUGAACCCCAGUUGCAGUGGCCGCAUUUUGAUGCAGGCAAAAUGCUGGACAACCGUAGUAUUGGGACGUAAAAACUAGACUGUGCACCGCCGCCACCACCUGUUUUAAUCUCACUACUCUGCGCCACCGCCUAAGUCCCAAGAGUGAUCAUCACAGUGCCACCGCAGUGUUAUAAUUGCAGCACACCACCAUUUGUCUUUUCUUUUCAUCCGAACGGUGAAUCUGAACAUAAAAUACAUCACUUCAGUGGAAGUUGUAUA